GAGGGCAGAGAUUGUCUUAGAUGUAUUUCUGGCAAUAAGAACACUGUGUUUUAAUUCUUCCUCUUUACUUUGCUGGUACUUGGUGUGCCAUUAGAUUUUGUUUUAUGGUAAUCCAAAGAAAACUUUCCAAGAAUUGAAAAAAUGAAAUAGCAAGUUAAUAUGUAGAAAAUUGAUUCAAAUGUGGCCAGUGAUGUUGUGGCCAAACAUUUGAGUCUUUAGAUGAUUAGAAUUUAAGUUCUUCAUCCUUUGAAACAUGAACCACUUAGAGAUACCUGAAGAUGUAGACAUAAAUAUUAAGAAGAUGCUGUUUCGCUAAUUGCUUUUAAAUUUCUUUCUACAUUUGUUGCUUUACUGCUGCAGUUCACUGAAUUACUGUUUUAAAUUGCGUUUUCCUUUCUGCAUUUUCUGAAAGGAUUCUUUUGUUGUUUCAUUUUAUAUGCUCAUGUCAUCCAAAACAUGUUUACAACCUGAUCUCUGACCACAGAAUUUGCUACCUUUGUGACCUCAUCAAGAUUUUACCUUGCACUCAAUGCCUGUGAAACAGUCACUUCAUUAAAAAUUCACAAAAUUCAAAUGCUUUAUUUGCUGCUUGCUUCCAUGCUUUAGGUCAUUCUGGAGGAUGUGUGGCAAUGCGAGGGCAGGACCCUGUUGGUUAUUGGGAGGUAAAAAGCUGUAAGAACUUCAAAGCAAUGUCAUUGUGCAAGCAAAAAGUGAAUUCUUAUGAAGAACCUGAACUUACUUUUCAAAGACAUUUGAGUUCCUGCUACUUUGGAUGGGAGUCAGAAGGCAAUCUACUCAACUGCUACAAGAUAUUUCACAGAGAGAAGGUUCUGAUGAAAAGAACGUGGAGUGAAGCAGAAGCAUUAUGUCAAGAUUUUGGAGCACAUCUUGCCAGUUUUUCCCAUGUCUAUGAAGAGACUUUUUUAAACAAUUUAUUAUAUACAAUUUUUGAUAGGACAGAAGAGAGACAGUUCUGGAUUGGAUUUAAUAAAAGAAACCCAUUUUCUGGAGGGACGUGGCAGUGGUCCGACAGAACACCUGUAAGUACCUGUAUACUGUGUAUUUCAGAAACUUCUCAAGUUUAAGUUCCCAAAAAUAAG